UCUCACUCUCACCGUUACGUUACAUUACAAAAGACUCACUCUUCUCUUAUAUUCUCUCUUAUUUUCUUUCUGCCUGUUGCAACAGGCUUGAACAUCCUCACCAUGGAUGCUGAAUCGGAGAAGCGCGCAUUCACCUCCACUUCCGUUUCUAGGUCCUCUUCCUGUGAAGGUAUGGAUCGGCUUGUUGACAAGGAGGAGAUGGAAGCGGCUGAGACUCUCGCACAGUUGGCAAUGCGUGAUUCUCACUCUACUGACAAAUGGUGCACCAAACUAUGUGCCAUUCCUGAAGUUCAUCCUUCACCGACUCUUCACUCUGAUCCCUCUCUUGGGACUGCGGACCAAGCUAUUGCAGAUCAGCAGCAAGAUGAAAAAGUACACACUACUGCAUCUGUAGAAACAGAGAGGACUCAGCAGAAUAACUGUUCCGAACCCAUGGAGGUAGAGCAGGAUGCCAAUUUAAUACCUAACUCAAGUCAUGCCGAGGUGGAACAGGAUGCCAAUUUAAUACAUAACUCAAGUCAUACGGAGGUGGAACAGGAUGCCAAUUUAAUACAUAACUCAAGUCAUACGGAGGUGGAGCAGGAGCAGGAUUCCAAUGUAUCACAUAAAUCAAAGGAGCAGGAUUCCAAUGUAACUCAUAAAUCAAAUAACCUUUUAGGUCGUUAUAACAGGUCAAGGAAAAAUUUAACUGAGGAAGAAAAAGAAGCAAGGAGGAUGCGCAGGAUAUUGGCAAAUAGAGAGUCAGCCAGGCAGACAAUUCGACGUAGGCAGGCUCUGUGUGAGGAAUUAACAAAAAAAGCUGCCACUUUGGUGGUGGAGAAUGAAAGUCUAAAGAAGGAGAAAGAUUUGGCUUUGAAAGAGUAUCAGUCUUUGGAGACUACAAAUAAGUACUUAAAGGCACAAAUCGCCAAGUCAACAAACACAGAAGAAGAGAAAACUCCCGUUGAGCCCGAGUCAUCUGUGGCUGAGGUAACACCUUCGUCUGGUAGUGGUCCAUGGUUCCUUUAUAACCCUUUUCCUGUUCAACAUGUAUUUUGGCCUUCGCCCCUUCAGCCUACGUAUCCAGUUCAUUUACCAAAUGCAUCAUUUAAUCCCAUCAUCAUUCCAUCUAUUGCUAAUGUUCCAUGUUCUUCCGAGUCUGAAUUAUAUCACAAGCAAAAUAACCUUAUAAAUGAUAAGCAAACACCAAAUCCAUUUUACAUGUUUCCAUGCCCUUGGAUAUUCCCAUGUCCGCAGUUUGGAAAUGGACAAUCAUCACCUUCUUGUAGCCUGAAAGAUAAACAAAAUAAUCUUUCUCUGGGCAAACCUUGUAGUUCUAGUUCAUCUUUGAAUACACUGGCAAAUGUGGAUUAUCGAGCCUGGACAGAAGCCAGACUCGUUAAUGACCCUGCAAGAUUUUCAUUGGAUGGAGGUGAGAAGAAAACAGGAUGUCACAUUAUAGAAAAUUAUCAUGGACCCUCUCUUGGUUGUAAUGCUCAAGCUUGUGCUUCCGAACAAGAAAACGAGCUUCAAUUGCAUUCUGGUCCAAACAAUAAAGCAUCUUCAACGGCUUAUAUUGGUGCAUCUUCAGUUGAAAAGAAACAAAAACAGUUUAUUUGCCAGGGGAAAAGUCUAGCUGAUGCAGUUGCUGCGGCAGAAGCAAGAAAGAGGAGAAAGGAACUAACCAAGCAGAAAAGCAUCCAUAGCCGCCAGUCUCGAAUGCAGUGUUGACUGUGGAAUAUAUUCCAAGGGUGCAAGUUCCUCCACACAGGUCAACUAUAUCUAUUGGGGAACUUUGGAGGAAAAUAACUGAACAGCAACUCAUGUAAAGAGCUGUCUUUGGUGAAGGUUUAAUUUUUUUUUCAUAAGUCUUUUGCUUGUUUAUUUUUAAUUUACUUAUCAGGAGUUUUUGCCCCCACUGAGGAGAAAAAGAGACAGAGGGAAGUUGGUUUCUUAAGCGGAAACUGACCAAAUUUUUCAUUGGUAGUUAUACCGGAAUCUUCAACUUUCAACUUCUGACUGUAAACAUCAAAAAUCAGAAAUUUGCCGCUUUAAUGGUCAGAACAAAGAGAAAUUUAGACUUUGUA